GUAAAUUAUACUUCAGUUCUUUUUACAAAAUGUUGAUUGCGGAUAUGAAGUCGGUUUCAUAGAAAUGUUACGAAAAUAGUUGACGCUAGAUGCUUUACUGGCUCUUAAUCUUUAUUUUCAACGUUUUCAAAAGUGAAGUAGCUGCGAUAAAUCCUUGGUUUGGUUGUCCGCAAGAUGAUAUUUGGGAUACAAAUUGCCCCGAUGGAUGGUUUAAUUUUGAAGCUAACUGUUACUCGUUUUUUGUACAAGAUCCAUUAAAUUAUCUGGCAGCAAGAAAAAAUUGCGAGGAACAUGGUGGCUUAUUGCUCCGUAUCGACACAUUAAAAGAACAUCAGUUUGUAGCUGACAGGUUAAACGAUAUUGCCGUUAAUCGAUCUUUACGCUGGUACACAGCUGGCGUGAUGCGCCCUGACUCCUUUGGCGAAUUUAUGUGGGAGGGUCAUCCACUGAACUACCAGAGUGUUAGGUCGGAAUUACUACAUCUGUGGCUUGACACUAUACCAAAACCUGCCGAACGUCCAACAUUCCCAAGAGAUCGUACACGUCUUGUUUAUGGUACCGACAGAAAUCGCUGGGGAUGGUAUCUGGAUACGCCGAAUGCACAUAGGGGACAUAUUUGCCGCGCUCCCGUUGCAAAUGCCAACCAACUUCUGCCUAUCUCGAAAUCUCUUGCAUACGGAAGCGAUUUUCCGAACAGAAUGGCUCGAGGUCCUUGUUUCAUUGUUCACCCUAAAGAUGUAUUAUACGUUCAUCAUAUGAGUACUGAAAAGUAUGCGGAGUUGCGUUGUGAAGCAAAUGGUAACCCCCAACCGACCUAUAAAUGGUAUUAUGUUAGCACUGAAAUGAGGACGAACAGUACCGGUGAUACCGUCACAAUUUUGCAUCGAACACUUAUUGACGCAGCAUCUGAACCUUCUGGUCGCAUUUCUGUUAGUGCUGGAUCGUUAGUUAUUCACAAUCCCGACACUUCAACCGACUCACAAAUGUUUCAGUGCGAAGCUAAGAAUAUAUAUGGAUCUAUUCUCAGCCGAACUGCAAGGAUUAUAUUUGGACAGCUUGAAACAGCACCUAAACAGCCGCGAAAUGAGAGGAUAGUAAUGUCACAUCAAAGUGAGACUUUGCCAUGUGAACCUCCUGCCCAUUCGCCUCCAGACAGUUUACUUUAUACCGUGUAUAUGAACAAGAAUGGUGAACUGGAACCAGUUUUACCAGAAUAUCGUAGAAAUUUAUUUAUUUCUCAGGCAAAAGGCCUCAUUGGCUUUUCUGAGGUUACAGUGGUGGACAGUGGGGUCUACGUUUGUAUGAUAACAAUGCAGUUUGACGGCCAUCGUAUGUAUGAUUCACCGAAACUUCCAGAUAUGCCUUUCACUGUGCGCUAUAGUAAUGAGCCGAGACAAGAUCCAAGGAUAUAUGAUGAUUUUCCGGCUGUUUGGCCAACAAAUCCUCAACGUGGUCAACUUGUUCGCCUGGAGUGCUUUGCUGCUGGUUACAGUCAACUAGACGGUCUUAAAUACUCAUGGCGUAGAUUGGAUGGUGCGCCUCUUCGAACCGAUAGUUUAAAAGAUUAUGAUCGUGUAAUUGAACUACCAAAUGUACAACCUGAAGACCAAGGCGAAUAUGAAUGUAAUGUUGAAGAUUCACUUGGAAAGAUGGCUAGACCUAAAACUUUAAAUCUGAAAAUCACAGCUAAACCAUAUUUUACGACACCUUUACAAAAUACUGUUGUUGAUAUAAAUUCUGAUGUGUUUUUAACAUGUGAAGCAUCUGGUAUUCCAAAUCCUACACAUGAAUGGUAUAGAAAUGAUAUAACAGUCAGUCAAUUAAUUGCUACUGGUAAACUCAAUCCAAAUCAAUAUAGUAUAAUACAUGAUGGUCCAACACGUUCAACUUUACGCAUUCAAAAAGUUAAACUUUCAGAUUCUGGUAUGUUUACUUGUUUAGCAUGGAAUAGUUUGGGUAGUGAAGCUUCAUCUGCUGAAGUGCGUGUAUUAGAAUUAGCACCGACAUUUCGUAAACAUCCUGUUAUGCCUAAUGAAGGUAUGGUUGGAAGCACUGCAGUUAUGGAAUGUCAACCUGAAGGAGCUCCUGCAAUGACUGUAGAAUGGCUUCAUGAUGGAACUGUCCUAACUACUAGUGAUAGUUGGUUAGAUCCGGAAACGGGAACUGCAAAUUGUGCAAGUAAAUACUGCAAACUUCCUAGUAAAAAUCUAUUAAUUGUUGAUCUUGUGGAGUCAGAUGCUGGACAAUACACUUGUAUCGCAAAAAAUACUUUAGGUCAAGCAGAAUCAAGUGCCUUAUUAACAAUUAUUCCACAAUUAAAAAUGAGCUUAACACCGAUUUCACGUGUUGUCUAUCGAAAUUCCACUGUACUUCUCCCUUGUCGUGUUCAAAGUUCAUCAUAUUUAGAUGUGAAUUAUGCUUGGUAUUUUGAGGGUGUAAAUCUUAAAUUUGACCGAUUAGAUUUAGAUGCUAGACGAUAUGAACUUGCUCAACUUUAUAGACCGUAUGGAAAUUAUUUUGGAACAUUAAAAAUAGUUAAUGUUCAAUUUGAAAAUUCUGGAAAUUAUACAUGUUCAGCAGAAACUCCAUUGAAUUCACAAUCAUCUAGUGGUGUUGUUCGAAUAGCAGGACCUCCUGGACCAUGUGGCGGUGUUGUAGUUGACCCUCAUGUUGGAGUGGAUCGAGUAAACGUUAGUUGGGCUGUUGGUACAUCACAUUUAUUUCAAAUAUUAUAUUUUCAAAUUGAAGCUAAUGCGAUGUAUGAUCCACCUAAUCAAUGGACGAUUAUGGCUUCUAAUGUUAGUAUAUCUAGUACAAAACUGCUUAAGCCAUCAGAUCGUCGAAUGACUGUCAUUAGUAAUUUAGCUGCUAAUAUGGCUUAUAGAAUACGUGUACGUGCAGGGAAUGCUUUAGGUUUAGGUGAACCUAGUCCACCAAGUUUAUCUUUUACUACUUUACCAACUAAACCUACUUUAGUACCACAAAAUGUAACCGGUGGUGGAGGUAAACAUGGAACAUUAGUAUUUAAAUGGAUACCAUUAAAACGUGUCAAUGAAAAUGGACCAAAUUUUCAUUAUAGAGCUCAUAUUAAAGCUAAAGAAAAUGCAGAAUAUUCUAUUCAUGAUUUAUGGACAGCUAAAAUGUCAGAUGAUGGAAAAUUUAUGCAGUACACAUUGACACUUGGCGAUAAUCUAUUUUACAAACCAUAUGAUGUAAUGGUACAAGCAGUUAAUAGUGAGGGUGUUGGCCCUUUAAGUGAACCAGUAACAGUUAUGUCUGCUACACGUGUACCAACAAAUGCACCCAGUGGUGUAACUGCUGGAGCAUUCAAUUGUUCCUCUAUUCGUGUUUGGUGGUAUCCACCUCUUCCAUCAGAAGGUGAAGGUCCUACUUGGGGCUAUCGAAUUUUGUACUGGCCACGUAUAUCUGAUUGUCGUUCACUUGAAUCAGAUCGUGCUAGACAUCAACUUGGUCAACGUCAAACAGUUCAUGGUGAUGUAACAGAAGGUUUAAUUAUUGGAUUAGAUGCUGAUACUUAUUACUGUAUUGCUGUUCAAGUAAUCUGUUUUAAUAUUUUUUGGUUAAUUUGAUUAAAUUGUACUAUUUAGUCUUUUGUAUCGUUCUUUAAAUGAGAUAUAAUGUUUUAGCUUAUGGAAAAAGUGGUAUUUUCAAGUUCUGAAUUGAAAUAAGUUAAUUUUAAUUAAUUAGAAGUAUGCAAUUUAUCACUGUUUAAUGAUGAAUUUCAAUCUAUUAUUCACUAUACUCUUAUCGAUUAGAUUAUGUACACGGUAAUAAAGACUAUACAAAAACCCACUGAUAAUACUAGAUAUUUAUUUCUUUUCAUGUUCUUAAGAAAAAUUGAACUUAUAGUUAUGAAUCAAGCGAUUAUUCCAUAUAUGUUGUGGAAUUCGUAAGUUUACAAAACAGCCUUUAAAUUCAACUGAAGGUUUAUACUAAUAGUUGGUGAAUUUCACCUUAAUCUUUAUGUACAAACUCAUGUCCUAAGCAUUUAACAAGUUUAUUAUGCUAGUAAUGGGUUGUUGAGAUUACUGAAUUUCACUGAAAUCAGACAAUAGAUCCUCGAUCCGGUCCCAGAGUUCAUGUUUGUGGAUACGCACUACCAAGGAGCAACAUAAUAUGGCGAAAUGACUGUCCAUUGCUUUCAGAUUUUUAAUGCUGAUCUAAUUCAGAUCGGUUUAUAAUUUCAAUGAGAUUUAUUAUGUUAAGUCUAGAGUCAUUAUUUCUUUAUCUCAAAGUAAUUUAUAUGUAUUUAGGUUAGAAUAUGAAAUUGUUGAUUAACCCGAUUGAAUGAAUCGGUUUAAUUUAUAAAUUCAUUGCUGUCAAUACCCCACAAGAUGAAUUAUAUUAUUCACAUUACCAUGGUGUAUUAUCGCUACUUUACAUAUUAUCUGGUUAAAUUAGUGUACAUCAGUUUCCUUACUUCCAUGUGUACUGGAAUCAUGAAAGAAUACAUUGGGUAUAUAUGUUAUUUUUGUAUUAAAUCAAAUUUCUAGUUGAUUUUUAAGUUAUAGGUCUUGUAUCACUAAUGCAUAAAUGCUAUAUAACUUGAAAGAGCUUAGAAUAACUAAAAAAUAUAGUUGUAUGUUAUAUUCGGAGAUCGAAUGGUUAAUUAACGCUAGCUCAACCAUAAAUUAAACUAUUUAUUCGUAUAUAAUUUUCAUUACAAAUGAAAAUAAAGUCAAAUAAGGAGCAUCGAACAUCUAAAUUACUAGUUCUCACUGCAGUUAUUCAAUAACUAAAGAGGAAACCCAAGUGUUCAGGGCUCGAAUUUCAGUGUGUUUAUGAGGAUUCUCAAGAUAAGAUAAAAUAGAUGUUCGAGGUUACUAAUCUGUUGAUACUUCUUCGAAUGAUUUUAUUUAGCAACAGAAAUUCAGUUCAAUUUUAUAUAAACUCAUCAAAAGCAGCCUAACAAUAUCAUAAACUAUUUAGAGUUAUUAUAAUGAUUGACUACGACUUAUUUUUACCAUUAACGUUAAGAUUGUGCUUAAUCUAUCCACUUACUUUGAUACAAACGUUUUCUUUUCUGUUUUUGUAAAUCAAAAUAAAAGAUAUUUAAUAGUGCUGGAGAUGGUCCUGAAUCAAGUUUCACAGAACAAACAACAUUUAAAACAGCUCCACGUGAAUUUCCGACUAUGGUUACUUUAAAUGCAACCGGUAUAUCAAAUACUAUUCGUGUUUCAUGGGUAGGAAUUCAAGCUAGACCAAAUGAAGAAUCAGUGGAAGGCUACUGUAUUCGUUAUUGGCCAACCGGUUCUCAAUUUAAACAAACUUUUAAAGAUAUUGAUGUUGGACUUAAAACUUUUGGUUUCGUUAGUGAUUUGAAAACUGAUGUUAGAUACAAUUUACGUGUAUAUGGUUAUAGUCGUGGAGGUGUUGGUACUAUGAGUUCACCAGUAAAUCAAUUUCAAAUUAUUACUAAAGAAAAAUGCAUUCCUGGAGCAACUUGGGAUGGUCCCGAUUUUCGGUAUAAUUUCAUAUGUAAAGGUCAUCCUAUGAGAAUAUCAUCUAGUCUUACAAUAUUGCUCAUAAUUUUAUGCAUAACUUUUAAAUAUUUUUUGUAGCAUUUCUCUCUCCCAGUGUAAAGUGUAUUACAUAUAUUUAUCUAGAAAGGCUAUCUUUACAGAUCGUUAAUCAAACAAUAACAUAAUGAAUAGUGUGUCGUUUUUCUAUCGUUGAAUAAUUUUAUAUACUUGAAUACUUUAUAUAAUAAAACAGAGGUC